AUGCGCAAACGAAUACCAAGAAAGGAGGCGAAUGGCAAAACGAAGGAGAAUAAGAAUAAGGAGCAGGAGAAGGCGGAGACGCAGGGGCGUGGAGGGCAGAAGGAAGACGAGGCCUGGAGGUUCCCGACGGUAGAGGAGCGUCGUGCAAUCACCAAUCGAUACUUCAUAGAGGUAUUCAAAGCAAGGGAUAGAAGAACUGGAAAGGUAGUAGCACUCAAGAAAAUACUUAUGGAAAAUGAAAAAGAAGGGUUUCCCAUCACAGCACUACGAGAAAUUAGAAUCUUAAAACUCCUCAAACAUGACAAUGUUGUCAAUCUACAAGAGAUCUGUCGAACUAAAGGUCCCCCUCCUCCUGGUCUUCAAAAGCCAGCUAAACCUACACCACACAUGUCAAGUCUCUCCACAUUCUUCUUGGUGUUUGAGUUUUGUGAACAUGAUCUAGCGGGCUUGUUGUCAAAUGUGAACGUCAAAUUUAACAUGGGGGAGAUCAAGAAGGUAAGACUUCAUACCCAACGAAGUGAAGGGGCACAAGAUGAUUAUAUCAAGUAUGUUGCUCUUCCGCACAGAUAUACAAACCGUGUCGUCACACUCUGGUAUCGUCCACCAGAGCUCUUACUAGGGGAAAGGAACUAUGGUCCUCCUGUAGACAUGUGGGGAGCAGGAUGCAUCAUGGCAGAAAUGUGGACACGUACUCCAAUAUUACAGGGUAGUACAGAGCAACACCAGUUGACUCUGAUAACAAAAUUAUGUGGUUCCAUAACCCCUGAGGUUUGGCCAUCUGUAGAAAAUCUAGAACUCUUCAACAAGAUGGAAUUAGCAAAGGGACAGCAGCGACGGGUUUGCGAGAGACUUAAACAAUAUCUUCGUGAUAAUAUGGUAUGGCAUUGUUGUUUUUGAGGAUGUCGGAUAGAA